CUGUCUGAUGUUUGGAGGAGCCAUUCUUGCUGUUCUGACAAUGGGUCCAUACAGCAUACUACUCUUCAUCACUGCUACCAUGUUUGUGUUUCUGGUGCACUUUGUGGAACCAGUCGAUGUUCACCACUGGAUCUUUGGGCUUCAGAUGUGUUGGCAAACGUUCUGGCACUUCUAUAUGCAGUACCAGCAAUACUGGCUUCAAGAAACUGCAGAUUCCAGGCUUCUGUUGGCCACAUCUGCUUUGAUGCUCCUCAGCCAGAGAGUUACCUCUGUGUCGAUGGAUCUUCAGGAAAGAAAGGUCUGUAGACCUUUUGGAAGAACCUACCAAAGCAAGAUCUGUUCUCUUAUUCCUUUUCUCAGCUACACCCUCUACUUCCCUGCUCUUCUUGGAGGACCACUUUGCCCUUUUAAGAGUUACGUUGCUUUUGUGGAACAGAUGGGCUGCAGAACACCUCCUUCACCUUAUGCCAUUGUGCUUUGGAAGAUAUUGCAAGUUCUGUUCCUGCUAGUCCUCAAGUAUCUUCUCUCUAGUUUUCUUCAGUUAAGCAUAGCCAAUCUAAGCAGCUCUCAAGAGUCUCCAGGUCUGUUAUGGGUCUGGAUCUUCUCCCUGGUCCUCAGAUUGAACUAUUAUACUCACUGGAAAAUAAGCGAAUGUGUUAACAAUGCAGCUGGUCUAGGGUAUUGUAAAGGCUGUCUAAAUGGAGGUGAGCUCUGGAAUGGACUUUCUGAUGGGAAUCCGUUGGAGAUUGAGUCGUCAACCCGUAUUUCGAUGUUCGCUCGUCGUUGGAAUGGCACAACUGCUGCUUGGCUUCGCAGGCUGGUGUUCCAGAGGUGCAGCAGGGCUCCACAGUUAAUGACAUUUAGUUUCUCAGCUUUGUGGCAUGGCUUAUACCCAGGUCAUAUUGUAGGGUUUCUAGGAUGGGCUAUAGCUGUGCAGGGAGACUAUAAGCUCCAUUCAUACAUUAAACCAAAGCUCACCACACCCUGGAAAAAAGGGCUAUAUGCAUGCGUAGGUUGGGCCUACACUCAGAUUGUCAUUGGUUGCAUUGUGCUUGCCACUGAGCUUCAGAGCUUUGUGGCUGUGAAGUUGCUUUGGACUACACGCAUUGCUUUGGUUCCACUUGCAAGUGUUGUGAUCCUGAUUAUACUAUAAAAUCAAACACAAUAAUAUUCUACAACUAAUACUAUUACUUAUUUAUAUGUUUUAUUAUCUAUGAGUAAAAACCAUGCUGGAAAAAAAAACAGCCUGGCCAGCUCAAGCUGGUCAAGUUGGUUAAUUAGAGUUAGGUAAAAAUCGACAAACAUGUACUUGUUUUUCAAAGGAGAGUGAUGAUACAGCUAAACCCUAUAAAUAAAUCAUGAACAUGCAAAUGUCUUAGUACAUGUUCCAACACUUCCAGCAUUACUGAGUACAAGAACAUGUGGAUUCCAGGUUUUAACAGAAAACAUAAUAUGAAAGCAGACAAAUAAAACACUUGUAACACUAUUUUUUAUGAAUUGAAUAGUUUUAAUUAGCAAGUUUAAAAUCAGCCUUAUUUCCGUGUGUGUCUCUGAGUAGUUUAAAUACAACUGU